AUGUUUGCUAAACAGAUAGAUGGCUGCCCAGAGAAGUUAUUUGCGCCUAAUAUCCGCACAAAGCCAACAAAGAGAUCAUGGCGGCGGUGUUGCAGAAUGAGUCAGUCUCUGCAAGGCUCGCUGGCUUGCAACACAACUGAGACAUAGAUUUUCAAUGACAAUGGAGGCUGGUUCAGACACACAGCAAAGUGAAACUGUUGUCUCGGAGUCUGAGGCCCAGCAGAUCACCCUGGCCCAGGCGUCCAUAGCAGCUGGCCAGGUGACGUCCAGUGGUCCCACAGUCACCCUCGUGCAGUUACCUAAUGGUCAGACAGUCCAGGUGCAUGGUGUGAUCCAAGCUGCCCAGCCCUCUGUCAUCCAGUCCCCACAGGUCCAGACAGUACAGAUUUCAACCGUUGCUGAAAGCGAGGACUCUCAGGAGUCCGUAGACAGCGUGACAGAUUCUCAGAAGAGGAGAGAGAUCCUGUCCAGACGACCCUCUUAUAGGAAAAUCCUGAACGAUUUGUCGUCGGACGCUCCAGCGGUGCCUCGAAUCGAGGAAGAGAAAUCGGAGGACGAGGUCCCGGCCAUCACCACCGUCACCAUGCCAACGCCCAUCUACCAGACCAGCAGCGGCCAGUACAUUGCCAUCACCCAGGGCGGAGCCAUCCAGCUGGCCAAUAACGGCACAGAUGGCGUGCAGGGUCUGCAGACGCUGACCAUGGCCAACGCGGCGCAGCCCGGCGCCACCAUCCUGCAGUACGCACAGACCAGCGACGGCCAGCAGAUCCUGGUGCCUAGCAACCAGGUGGUCGUACAAGCUGCCUCCGGUGAUGUCCAGGCCUAUCAGAUCCGCACCGCCCCCACCAGCGCCAUCACCCCCGGGGUCGUCAUGGCAACAUCGCCUGCAAUGGGCACAGGAGGAGGCACCGAGGAAGUCACACGCAAAAGGGAGGUCCGGCUUAUGAAAAACAGGGAGGCAGCCCGCGAGUGCCGCAGGAAGAAGAAGGAGUACGUCAAGUGUCUGGAGAACCGCGUGGCCGUGCUGGAGAACCAGAACAAAACCCUCAUCGAGGAACUCAAAGCACUCAAAGACUUGUACUGCCACAAAUCAGAGUAGAAGCCAGCGAGUCGCCCCGCCAGGUGCCCCGUCUGUCCCCAUGUAUAGAGACUCAGCACAGAGCCAUGCAUCUGGAUGCCACCUCCCUUUUUCUACUCUUUCGCUUUCUUUUUAAACAAAAAAAAAACUGCUGAAAAAUCUGUAAAGUGACUCACCAGGAAAAGAAAAAAAACACCCCCCCCCUCUUCCACGAUGUUCCCACGUAAAGGACGGACGCGGAGGAGACGAUAAACAGGGUCCCGGAACACACAGAGGCUUUUUUUGUUUUCCGACGCCACCAAAGGGAAGCAUUCCAGUCACUGGUGCCUGGACACACUGGGGAACAUCACCAGCAACGAGGAACUGCUCCAUUACCAGUGGAAUCUGCCCGGCAACCACACGGAUCAUUUGGAGAGGUCACCUGCGUGUUUGUUACUGUAACUCUCGCAUUAACAUCUGUUACUUACUAACGCUUUGAACUGUAGAUUGGCUGUGAAAUGGACUUUUUUUUAUCUUUUAGCUGUGUUUUUUUUUUUGUUUUAUUAUCGGAUUAUCCGCUCGCAUAACGCCAUUUUUUUUUUUUUUUUUUUGUACUUUUAUUUACUCUGCCUUGAUACGACACGAACAAAAAACUCCUGUCGGGUUGUAAACUGGUUUCACGUUAAACGCAGCUUUAAAAAUACACAACAGGACCGGAGUCGGAAUCUUAAAAAGAUGGUGACCCGACACUUGGGGUGUGUCGGCAAUCACAUCACUAAGGCUCAUUUUUUUUUUAUUUCCACAAAUUUCAACGUCAGAUACAUAAAAAGAGCAGACUACUUAAAAAAAAUACAUUUUUCAACAAGUUUACAGUAAUUUGUUUGGAAUAAAUGCAGAUAAGUGCCAGAGUAUGCAAAGAAAAAAUAGCUAGUUUGUAUGCGUUAUGGAUUUUUCAAUCCGAUUUUUAAAUUAAUUGUAUUAAUUCCUGGAUUAUUUUUUUAAUUACCAAAAAUAAUGAGCCUUACAUGCAGUGAAAUUUACGGAAGCCCUGAACCGCAAGUGAAGAAAUUUUUUUUUGAGAUGUUAU